UACAGCACUAUUAGAAUUCAUUCAAGUCUUUUCAGAUACGUCACGCUCUUCAACUAAAACUCAACAAACAACUUUACUAAAUUUCUAUUAUUAAUUACCCUUCUGUUUCUCUGCAAUUCUGAUGAUGAACCAUUUCUUUGUGUUCAUAAGUAAAAAGCUUUAACCCACAAACCACUCUCUCUUUGCUUUUUUAUCUGUAAAUUUUGCUCAGGUUUUUUUCCUUUAAAAGUUUCUAUCCCACCCAUUCCUUUGAGGCAUAACAAAAAACGCUAGAACCGGUCCUUUCUGGGUGAAGCAAGUUCUUUGUUUUGAUUUAAGAAUCCAAAUAUGGAUGAAUAUUGUAAGAGAAGUGGUGGAAUACCGGCUUUUGGGAACUGGGAUUACGCGAACGAGUUGCCAAUAACUCAGUAUUUUGAGAAUGCGAGACAAGCUGGUUUGAUUCGUUACAGUUCUUCAUCUGGUGAGAGUGAUCCUUACCUGCAUGGAGAUCAAGAUCUUUAUGGGGUUGAUUAUAAGAAACCGGCGGUUGGAAAGCAGGCGAGGAGAAUAAAAGAUACAAGGUACGCGAAUGCAAUGGUUCAUCAUAAACAAACAACCGUAAGAAAACAGUGGAAAGUGUACGAUGUAAAGGAACAUCCUAGGAAACAGACAAUGAACAACAAGAACAAGGUGUUACUACAUGUAAACGACGUCGUUCGUAGUGGUGAUAAUCAGUUAGCUUCAAAACAAGAUCCAAAACCAGUGGAUGAAGAUCUAUAUAAGAUCCCUCCUGAGCUUCUUCGUACAACAAAACGGAAAAAAAUGCUGGGUUUCAUUUCCAAGUGCCUGGUUCCUGCUGCAUGCGUUUCAUGAGUGUCAAUCAGCAAAUUUGUUGGAUACAAUAUUCAAUGUUAUGUUAUUUUUUAUUAAUUAUUAUAAGGUAAAUUUAAAUUUUAAACUUUUGAAUUUGCAUAAAGGCAAGAAUAUUUAUAUCAUUAUUAUUAUUAUUAAUAGAAAACUUAAGCAA